AUGGCAUUACGUAACCUUUUUGUGCUGAGUUUGUUGCUUCUAGCUUGCCUCUCUACUCUGAUGCAGGUUUCAUCUGAUCAUGAGAUUGAAAUGGAAGAAGAAGAUGAAGAACUGCAGCUACCUGAUAAGUUGCUUACUGUGCGAGAUGGCAACAGGAGGCUCAAGCAAGACAUAGAUUGUGGAGGAUUGUGCAGUUCGAGAUGUAGUGUGCAUUCAAGGCCAAAGUUGUGUAACAGAGCAUGUGGAACUUGUUGUGUGAGGUGUAACUGUGUUCCACCUGGUACUUCUGGUAAUAGGGAGCUUUGUGGGGCUUGUUACACUGAUAUGACUACCCAUGGCAAUAAGACCAAGUGUCCUUAG